AUGUCCAACAACAACACAACAGACUUUGAAGCGAACUUUGAGCAAGGGUUUGAGGAGGAGACAAACCACGUGUCCCAAACUGUUGUGUAUCCCAAUGUUGUUCAACAGCAAGAACAUGAGGAUAAUUCUUCACAAACAACACAUUCCCAUCAAUUAAUUGCUGGUAGUGAUGAAGGAUAUGAUUCCGUGCAACCACAACAACAACAACAAGUGUAUUAUUCCGUUGAUACAACGAGCAAUAAUAGUGGCAUGGGAAGUCAUUCUGGUCAAUCAACUCCCGCAUUUGGUAACUCAUCAUUUCAAAACAAUAACGGCCAGAGAAGAGUCCAUUCAUAUGUGCCAACACUCAUCCCCGAAGAUAUUGUUCAUCAAUACGGAAUCAAUGCUCUCACUCUCGAUCAAAUUCAUCGUUCCGUUUUCGUGAGCAUCAACACUCCUGUACAAGAACUAUCUGUUCAGGAGAUAUCCAAUUUCUUUUCAUUUUGUGGAAGUGUAGAGAAGAUUAUUAUUGUGGAUGAUUUGAAUGGUGCUGUUGUUUGUUUGGAGAAUAGCGAAAGUUUCAGCACAAGUUUGUUAUUGAACGAAAUGAAAUUGAACGAACAGACCACCUUGUACAUAUUUAAUUUGUGUGAUUUACUUGGAAUUCCGAGAAAGAAGGCUCAAUCUCUUGUUCAAAAUUCUACAAUACCAACGGCCACCCCAAGCAGAGUUUCCAUAGAUAGAGAAAGAGAAACACCAUCUUCUCAAUCAGCAAUUCAAGGAUUAUUCCAAGAAGGAUAUAUUCAAUCAAAGAAUUUAUUUGAACAGUUGAAGACUAAGGCUCAACAAUUAGAUCAAGAGAAUGACAUCUCAAAGAAAGUUCAACAAUCUUUGAAUCAUAGCAAGGAGCAAUGGAUCAAGUUUGCCAAACACAUGAAUGAAAAUGUUGAGAGUGUCAAGUUGAAAUUUGUACCCAUUCGAGAAUCUUUUAAUCUGCAAACAGUUUCACAAAAAGCAGAACAGAUUGGAGGCCAGACACAACAAUACUUGUCUUCUUUGAAAGAUAAAGUGAAGGAAAUUGGCAAGGAUUUGAAUGAAAAAAUCAAACAGCAAGACCAAAAGACUCAAUUCUCAACAAAGAUUAAGGAAAUGAAAAUUGAAGAAAAUUUGCAACAAUUUUCAACAAAAGCAUCAGAGGUCGUGUCUAAGAAUUGGACAGCCAUGACAUCAUUCUUUAAGGGAAUGACGCAAAAAGGUGCAUCACCAAACACCUCUGCUUCUUCAAGCCCAUCAACAAGUGGUGAGAUGAAUAGAGCCAAGCUUCCUCCUCUUCCAACAAAAACAGAAAAGAAAAUUACAUCCGUCGAUGAAGAUGAUUCUUUAUGGAGCAGUGAUAACUCUGCGCAACCAAACUCGUCGAGUGCAACCACACAACAACAACAACAAUUCUCGCUCGAUAAUGAAGAGGAAGACUUCCCUGUUGAAUAUUCAAAUACCUCAAACACGUCCUCCAAUGUACAACAAGCUCAAAACAGUGCUGACAGUUUCUUUGAUUAA